UGCUAUAAAAGGAUGUGUUCUUAGAGACAAAAGGUUUAGUUUCUGUGCGAAAGUGAGAAGACAGGAACGUUCAAGAGAGAACACACGCAUAUUAACAACCUUCCCAUUUCGUCUCGCAUCCACUCUGCCUCUCUCGCUCCUCUCCCUCUCUCUUUCUCUCUCCCUCUCUCCCUCACACACAUGCACAGGCAGACCCCCCUCUCACACAGGAGUGGAUAGAGAGCGGUGAAGAGCAGAAGGAGCUGGGUGGAAGGAGGGCGGCAGGAGGGCUGUUGUUGAUUGAACAAAGCCAGGAAAGGAGUGCGCAGUCCUGGGGAGAAGAGCAGCUGUGAAAUGCCUCGAAGGGAGCCUGCCAGCUACUCCUGCAGAGACCUGAAGAGUCAGAAAUCCCAUCUGGAAGAAAAAGUGUGCAUCACUUGAGGAGACAUCAAAAACUAUGUAAGCUUCAGCUGAGGAUGGCAGGAGAUUCUCGAGUCCUAAUGGACCACAACAUGGAGAUAGGAGUCACACCUGCACAGGUGAAGAAGCUUCCCAAACACUUGAGGGAGGCUCAGAUCUCGACAGAGCGAACCCACUUGAUUUCCGACCCGGCAAAGAAGCCACGUCAGCGAUACGUGCAGAAGGAUGGCAAGUGCAACGUUCAUCACGGAAACGUGCAAGAGACCUAUCGUUACCUCAGUGACUUGUUCACUACAUUGGUGGACCUACGCUGGCGUCUUAGUCUCUUCAUUUUCACACUGGUCUAUGUAGUCAACUGGCUUUUCUUUGGGUUUCUGUGGUGGCUGAUCGCGCUCAUCCGUGGGGAUCUGGUGCAUGCUGACGAGGAGGGCUGGACCCCCUGUGUGGAGAACCUCAACAGUUUUGUCUCAGCCUUCCUCUUCUCCAUUGAAACGGAGACCACCAUUGGUUACGGUUAUCGCGUAAUCACAGAGAAAUGCCCUGAAGGUAUUAUACUGCUUUUGGUGCAGGCCAUCUUGGGUUCCAUUGUUAACGCCAUGAUGGUGGGCUGCAUGUUUGUCAAGAUCUCACAGCCAAAGAACCGUGCCGAGACCCUCAUGUUCUCACACAACGCAGUCAUAUCGGUGCGAGACAACAAGAUGUGCCUGAUGUUUCGGGUGGGGGAUCUGAGGAACUCUCACAUUGUGGAGGCAUCAAUCAGAGCAAAGCUGAUCCGCUCGCAGCAGACCAAGGAGGGGGAGUUCAUCCCGCUCAACCAGACUGACAUCAACAUCGGCUUUGACACAGGAGACGACCGACUGUUCUUAGUGUCGCCACUCAUCAUCUCUCAUGAGAUUAAUGAGAAGAGCCCCUUCUGGGAGAUGUCGCUUGCACAAAUGGAGAAGGAGGAGUUUGAGAUCGUGGUUAUCCUGGAGGGCAUGGUGGAGGCUACAGGGAUGACAUGUCAGGCACGAAGUUCCUACCUGGACACGGAGGUGCUGUGGGGCCACCGCUUCACACCAGUUCUAUCACUGGAGAAGGGCUUCUACGAGGUCGACUACAACAACUUCCAUGAUGUCUAUGAGACCAACACUCCCACUUGCAGCGCCAAGGAGAUGGCCGCUAAGCUUCGGGACGGGCCGCUAUUGCCGCAGCUUUCCCUUCUCAGCCCUGAGCCCAAAAUGCACACUUUUGACCCCCUAAACCGCCUGUCAAAACAGGAUCCGCUCAGCCAGGACGACGAGAAGGAGGAGAGGGAUUCACUGGGUGACAGAGGAGAGACUAAUGGCUCAGCCGCUGCUUUGGAGGAGCCUCCAUUCGCUGAUGGACUGCCUGACUGAUUGGCCACAUCAGCUAAAAACCCAGGAAGGACUAGACAAGAGAACAUGACAAUAUAACGCUUCAUUUAGUCAAUGGCCAGCUUGUUCCAUUGCAGUGCUUGGAGAGACAAGACAUCCGUUUCCAGCUCUUGAAUCAUGCAAUAUUCCUCUACUAGAGUGUCAAUCUAUAGUAUAGAUUGGUUUUGUAGACAAGUAAGUACACAUACACUGACACACAUGUACAGUAUCUAUAUCUACACUUAAAGGUUGGUGGUUCAGAUUGUCUUUUUAUAAUCGUAAUGACCACCUACUGCUAUAACUCAGCAGCUCAAGUUGUAUUAUGUAAACUUGAACUGAAACUGGUAGCCAUGACAGCGUGCCAUCGGCUUAUUAUGGAUACUCCAAUAUUCUCAUUUUAGAGUGUGUUACUUCAGCUUCAUUAGAGCCGAGUCUCAUAACUCAGCUCACGUGUCUGACAGCAGCUUCUGCGUGGUAAUGGAACCUUGCUAUUGAAGUUUUUUUUUUCUAAAUGUGGGAGAUUAAUAUUUCCUUUAUCUGUCAGUGUUGUUAUUCUGUCAAAUAUCUCAUUCACCUAGGAGGAAAAGUAUAAGGCUUCUAGUUCGCAUAGGCAAGAGAAGAUGUAGGAAACUGUUCUAUAAAAGGCAUCGUGUACCGGCAACCAUGAUCCGGUUUUGUUUUCUUUGUCCACACCUUUCUUCAUGGUUGUCCUGUCAUAAAUACUCUCCUAGUUUGUGUCUGGUUGUGUCCCCAACACUAUGAGAGCCUUGACCCAAAAGAAACCAGCUAGUACCUCAUUUUAUACUCAUUUUUAGGGUUGUAAAUCAACAAUAAGAACAAGGCAGAUGCUACUAAAUGCAACCCAGUCUCCCAAACACUACAAUCCUAUAUAAUUAAACUGCAUUCAACAAGAGAAAAUAAUUUUUUUGUAAUCAAUAUAUAUAUUGCUUGCUCCAGUUCAGCUGGCUGAUCAUAUAUUAGACAGGGCACUCACAUCCUGGUAUCCAGAAUAUGGAGAACAAUCUUGAAACAGGCAAUGAAAUGGUUGUUUGUUUGUUUUUUUAACUCAAAUCGAGCUAUAUUCCUAAACCUAACCAUGUAGUUUUGGUGCCUAAUCAUUACUAAACAGCAAGUAAAAGCUGAAACUAAAUGAGUGGCAGUGGAACUUCUAAGAAUACCAGUCUCGCACUCAGUCACAUGGGCUGCUGACAUAAAAUGCAAGGCCUUAAAACAUUUAAUAGCUGAGGUUCACUAUACAAAAUUUAAAUUACAGAUACCAGCAAUGUCAUUUUGACUAGUCGUACUUACACUGUGACAAGUCAGAAUUUUUAUUAAAGCUUUCUAGAACAUCCUUCUGACUAGUCAAAAUGACAAUUAGUGAUAUCUGUUCUUCAGUUUGAACUAAUCAAGAUAAUAGUUACAGAUAUCAUAAAGACUAGUCCAAAUCGGUGUACUGUGAAUUGUGAUGCUGCUCAUGUGAAGCCUUCCAAUAAAUACUGGUCCGGUAAGACUGUUUAAAUCUCAGCAAAUGUAAUAGAAAUUGCCAUGAAAUAAAACAAGCUCAUCAGCAAGGAGUUUAUGGAGACUGACAGCUUUGUUCAUUAGAGACUUGUGGUUGGAAUUUGCUAGAAGUUUGGCCUUGGGCUGCCCUGACGUGGUUAUAUGGUUACAGUUGCAGGGCCAUAGUAUGCUUGAAAGUCAAGAUGUUAAAGAGAUCUACAAUUUCAUUCCAACUAGUUUAAACUUUCUUUUAGAUAUCUAAUAUGGACAAUAUAGAUAUGUUGAACUGAAGGGCAUUAAAGAUAUCUAGAAUUAGAACUAAGACAACUGGAGUUACAACUAGUCAUAAUUCAGCUGCAGAUAUGCAGCCGAACUGUAGAUAUCUGUAAUGAGAAAUCCCAUACACACGAAAGGAAAAAGUGACGUCAUUUGUCCUCGGAAGAAUGACAUUGUGAAUAUCUGAAAUGUUCUUUUUGACUAGGGAGAACUGAAUUAUGGAUAUCUGCAAUACAUAUCCAGUCCAGCUAUUAAAUUUUAAAAUGCCUUGGCAUAUGACUUAUGCCUCAUUCUUAAACAGACUUUGUGGCUCUUUCAAACUUUAAGCCUUUCCCACUGCAUCACAGGUAAGAAAAUAUGUUUCCUUCAAAAUGAAGCUACAUUUCUUUUAAAAUGUAAAUGAGAAUGCAGUUACGUUGUAUUGGAACAUAACUCUGGGAAGACAGGUUUGGGAAAAGGUUACAUAUACUGCUGAUGUGAAACUCCUCUGAAACUCUUCUUGGCUGGUUAAAGAUUUAUUUCUCCUUCCCACUGCAGUAACUGAAACAAUGACUCCAGCCCCUUUCUGGUACAUAAAGCACAAUUUCCCAUGCAGGGGACUCCACACUGACUUAACCACCCACCAAGCCACCGCCACCGGCUGAUGCAUGUCAGUCCUGGUUACAAGUGACAUUCAAAUGUAGAUUCUAAUAUUUAUAUGAAGUAUUUAUGCUAAACUUCUAUUUGAAAUGUUCUGGAUUUUUAUACACCGUAUAUAUGAAGAUUUCAAAUGAUCCACAAGCAAAAUACCAUUCUCCAUGUAUCCGAUUCCUUUUAUGUUUGUUUUGCUUUCGUUUUAAAUAUUUAAAAGGUGUUCAACCUUGAUCUUUUUCACUUGCCUAAAACCCGAGAGUACUGAUGAUAGUAACAUAUUUUCUGUCUUAUAUCAUGAGUUUAGUCUCUGGACAACUCUUUGCUUGUCUCUUCUGUUCUUCUGAACAUCACCUUUAGUUUUUGCCAUGUUAUUUGAAGUCUCUUCUAUCCACACAAACUUGGUUCAGUCUGCACCCCCUGGUGCUUGAUAUAUUUUAUGGCCCUUGACUACUGAUGUGGAAGCUGACACUCGGCCUAUGUGGGCUGUGACCCACAAUGUUUCCUUGACUUUCCUUUGAAGGACACAGAGCUUGCGUGCAUGAAUCAACCCCUAUUCUCUCCCAUUGUUGAGUAAGUUUAAUACAGUAAGAAAUACAGGGUAUUUUCUAGGCAUGCAAAGUACAAGAUUUCUACAGUAUAUUAUCAGAUAAUGUAUUAAUAUCAAAUUAUCAUUUGUUGAAAGAAAAAUGAGAUUCCUGAUACUUCAGCCUCCAACUCCCCAGUUUAAUGACAAAUUGUUUAGGUUUUUUUUUUUUUUUUUUUUUUUUACAGAUGUCUGUCCAUUUAGUGUUUUUAUUUUCACUGUGACAUUUUAGCACCUUACUAUGUAUACCAUUUGCUGAACGACACAUUCGUCAUUAGAGAGAUCAUUUUCAUUCCUGGAAUGUCAUCUGUUUUCUGUGUGUUCUCAUGGGAAUAAACAUAAUAUGGCCAAAAAGAACAACAUGUUCCUUCUAUAUAAUAUACGCAUGCAUGAACAAGUGAAUGAGAACGUGUAACGGUGGAGUCAUUUUACAUGCAACUCUGAAUCUGAUAAUGUGAAACUACCUUCAUUUUGAGUGAGACGCGGCACUGUAUCAGCUGUAGUGCGACGAAACGACAAAUUUGACCUGUGUGGCUCUGGAUGAAACAACUCUGUCUUUCACACAUGCUACCUGAAAAUUGGAUUAGCUGUGCAUCAAAUCAUGAAAAGGAAACUCCAGCAACCAUUAUCAGCACAGAACAAUCUUGUCUUGCACUACACCUUGAGGCAAAAACUGGUUUAUGUAUGCUAAGGAAGCAAAGAUAAAGAUGAUAUCAAGAUUU